CGACAUGAAACUGGAAAUGUCACAUGUGCUGCUCUUGCUGCCGCAACUGCUGCCACUCCUCCUCCUGCUGCUGACCAAACUCUGCCCCGUGUCGGCUCUGAGCCUGUCUGUGAAUGGCACCUUGGUUGGUGGCUUGGGUGAUGGCAAUGUCGCUGGCAUUGUCAAUUUGCCGGCACUCGGCGCUGGCCUAGGCAAUGCGCUGGGCAAUGGCAGCGGCAGCAGCCUGCCAGGUGGUGCCAGCCAGGCAGGCGGAGCUGGUGCCGGCGCUCAGUCCAACAGCGAGUCGAGCGGCAACAGCGGCGGCGGCGGCUCAUUGGGCGCCAAUGCGGGCGGCAGCGCCGGCAGCAGCAGCGGCGGCGGCGGCGGCAGCGGCAACAAUUCCGCGCUGAUGCAGGCGCCCAAGGAGAAGCUGUACGAGAAGUGCACCGGUCCGGGUGAUCCCGGUCCGUGUAAGCAAUACAUCUAUAAAUGGCGCUACGAGCCGACGACCAGCGAAUGCACCACAUUCAUUUGGGGCGGCUGCGAUGGAAAUCCCCAGAACCGCUUCAGCACCGAGGCCGAGUGCCUGUUCCACUGCGUUGGCGGACCACACACCUUGCCGCCGUUCCUGCUGUCAACCACGCGAGAGCCGAGCACCACAGAAUCAUCGCUGGCCAGCUACACGCAGAGUCCCGCCCAGACGCCGGUCGGUUACGGCGGCUAUGGGGGCGGCACAACGCCCGUGCCCAUCGAGCAGCGCGGUCCGGAGUUGACGUUUGCGGAAACGGGCCAGGACAAGACCUUCGUGUUUGCCAAAAACAACACGUUCAUCCAAAUGGACGGCGACAUCAUACAGACAUUUCAAUUAAGACUUUGCCGUGAGAUUUCAUUUCAAUUUCGCACACGACUGCCGCACGGCCUGCUCGUCUAUCACAACGUUAAGAAUCCGGAUCGCAUUAAUUUGGACCCCUAUGCACUCUAUGUGAUUGUCGAGAAGGGUCAGCUAAAGGUUGUACAUGUCUUUGGCAAGCAUUCAACGAGUGUCACUGUGGGCGAGAGUCUAAAUCGAGAUGAAUGGCACAGUGUUAUGGUGCGCAUCGAUGUCCAUGGGGCAAGAUUAAUUGCACGCGUCGACAAUAGUCAGGAGGAGGUCUAUCUGAAAGGUCUGAAUCACGAGUACAACUACGGCGUCUCCACGAAUCUGCCAUCGGUGGUCCUGGUCGGAGGCCUCUCGUCCGAGGAGAAGCUGCAUGGCGUCAAAUAUAUCACCGAAUCGUUUGUCGGCUGCAUUCGGAAUGUGGUGCUGAGCUCUGGCAAGGCGGCCUCCGAUCUGCUGCCAAUUGCCCCACUGGUGGCCACCAAGCACGAGAACGUCAACGAGGGCUGCUCGGAUAUGUGCGAUUCCCGGCACAAUCUGUGCUUUGUCGGCUCCCGAUGCAUCAACCACUACGCGGGCAUCUCCUGCGAUUGCUUUGGCACCCACUACGAGGGCGAGCACUGUGACAUCUACACUGCCACAAUAAUUACGCUGCGAGGCGCCAGCUACGUUUCGUAUCGCAUCUACGACUGGAAGGAUCGGGUGCACUCCUCGACAAUACGCAUCAGUCUGGUUUUUCGCACCAAUUUUGAUGACUCGGCGCUGUUCUAUGCCAGCGGCGAGUCGCUGAAGCAUCAGUAUAUUGCCGCCGCCAUUAAGAAUCAAUCGAUUCACGUGGAAAUGGACUUUGGCGACAAUGUCAUGUCCACGGUGCUAACGGAUGACCUCACACGCGGCUACUGGCACAAUCUGACCAUAUUGCACGAGCAGCGCACCGUACGAAUCAUACUCGAUCAUCAGCAGAAGAUCCUGGAGCUGCCGGCGACGGCUAGCGGUAAUCUGUUGUUCGAUCCGGAAAUCUAUUUUGGCGGCGGACCCGAACUAAACAAGAAGAAGGGCCUCAUCUCGCACAACAAUUUUGUGGGCAGCCUGAAGUAUGUCUACUACAAUGACAUUUCCAUACUGUACGAGCUGCAGCGCGGCAAUCCCAAGGUGCACUAUCAUGGUGUCCUGGAGGCUGAAUUCUUUGAGAACGAAGUGAAUGUCAUACCCAUCACCUAUCCCUUUGCGACAUCACACAUUUGGUGGCCCAUAAAUCACGCCCAAGAAUUUAAUAUUAAAUUCGAUUUCCGCAGCAGCCGACCCGGCGCAGUGCUGGCCUACAGUGACGUCACGACCAGCGCCGGAAAUGGCUUCUGGGAGAUACGUUUAAGCUCAGACAAGCUGAGCUUCGAUCUGGUGCCCGAUGUCAACAACAAUAUAACCCACUCGACGACCAUUAAAAUCAAUCGCGCGACCUCCUGGCACAGCGUCGAGCUGGACUAUAAGCAGGGCGAGAUACGAUUUACGGUGGACUAUCGCCAUACGCUCAGCCAGAUGUUCGGGCUGACCUUUAACAUUGGCGACAAACUCAUUAUUGGCAGCAGCUUGAAGUCGGCGGCGAUGGGCCUGGUGGGCUGCAUUCGGGACAUCGAGAUCAAUGGGCAUCUGAUUGAGCCGCGGCAUGUGGUCAAGACGGAGCGCGUCGUGGGCGAGGUGGCGCUGGACAAUUGCAACUACAUUGAUCCCUGCAAGCGGCCGAAUACUUGUGAGCAUGGCGGCAAGUGCUUCGUGAAGGACGAUCGCGUCACCUGCGACUGCAAGCACACGGGCUACAUUGGCAAGAAUUGCCAUUUCACCAAGUACCGCAAGACCUGCGAGGAGCUGGCCCUGCUGGGCUUCACCAAGUCCGAUGUCUAUCUGAUUGACAUCGAUGGCAACGGCGUCUUUCCGCCCGCCCACGUCAAGUGCGACUUUCAGAGCCUGGAGAACGCCACCAAGACCAUUGUCGAGCACAAUCUGCCCAGCCAGGUGGAUGUGCGCUCCGCCCGCGAAACCGACUUCAGCUUCAACAUUCGCUACAGAGAAUUCUCCCCGCAUAUGCUGCAAGAGCUGAUCUCGCACUCGCUCUACUGCACACAGUACAUCAAAUAUGAUUGCUAUCGCGCCCAGCUGGAGCUGCACUCGGCCACUUGGUUUACAUCGUCGGCCAAGAAUCUCACUGUCGACUUUCUCGGCAAUGUCAAGAGAGGCGCCUGCCCGUGUUCCGUGAACAAGACGUGCGUGGACCCGAAUCAAUCAUGCAACUGUGAUGUGAAGGAGAACAAAUGGAAUUCGGAUGAGGGCUACUACCAGGAACCACACAGUUUGGGCAUCACCAACAUGUACUUCCUGCAGCAGAAGGACCUGGACGAUGAGGCGCAGGGUCGCAUCACGCUGGGCCCCCUGGAAUGCGUCGAGACAAAUACCCAAAAGUAUGUGGUCACCUUUACCACAUCGCAGUCGUACAUUGAGGUGCCCGGCUGGCGCAAGGGCGAUAUUGCCUUCUCUUUCCGCACCACGGGCGAGAAGGCCAUUCUGCUGUUUCAGCCGCCAAUCCGUGCGCAUUAUCCCUCCUUCAUGGUGGCCCUCACGGGCGACUAUCAGCUGACGUUCAAUUUCACCCUCAGCACGGGCACCACACGGGAGCUGGUGAUUAACUCACAUCGCAGGUUAAAUGGCGGCGAAUGGCAUAAAAUAUGGAUAGACUACAACCAAUAUCAUGUGCGCUUCAUGAUAAACACCGAUUACCAGAUGCUCGAUUUGCUGCCCGAGGAGGAGUUUGGCCCAUUCGAGGGCAGCAUGUACAUCGGUGGCGCCACAUUCGACCUGCUGAAGAAGCUGUCCGUUAAGGCUGGCCUCAUUGGCUGCUUUCGCGGUCUGGUUGUCAAUGGUGAAAUACUCGACAUCUACAGCUACAUGUCUGUGCAUCUAUCGGAGAUAAUCAAGGACUGUAAGCCCUCCUGUGUGCCCUCGCCGUGCCGCAACGGCGCCCAGUGCAAGGAGCUCUGGAGCAGCUUCAAGUGCGUCUGCAACAAUCCCUGGGCUCACAUCGGCGAGUUCUGUGAGACAAACAUCAACGAGAAGGCGCUGACAUUCAUCAAUCGCGAGGCGUUUCUUAUGCGCAACUAUCUCAGCGUGGGAGCCACCGCCGCCAUACUGCUGCACGGCAUCGAGGGCGAGCGGGAGAUGCUCAAGGGCAUACUCAGCCAGGAUCUGUUGAUUAAUUUGCGCACCUACGACACCAACUCCCUGGUGCUCUAUGCCAACGAUCACUACAACAACUUUGUGCACCUGUACAUCAGUCAAUCGCGCGAGAUUGUCUUUCUCUACAACUACGGCGAUGAGAUCGUCAAUCUGACGCUGCUGGACGAAACGCUGAUGGCCAAUCUGAAGAGCAUUCAGGUGGCCAUUGUGCGCGGCGAGCAGGAGACUCGCAUGCAUGUCAAUCAGCGCAGCGUGAGCAUCGAUCGCGGCACCCUGCUGCUGGACGAGUAUGCCAACAAGCCCUGGAGUAAUCCGGAGAAGGAGGUCCUGUCGCCCCAUCGACCGCCCGCACCGCCCACCGAGUACUUUCAAUUCCAUGUCGGCGGCUACGAUCCGGCAAAUUUGCUGCGCCCAAAUGUGGAUGCGCCCCAACUGGAGGGCUACAUUGGCUGUGUGCGCGGCCUCAAAAUUGGCGCCCAGUUGAUCGACUUGGCGGAAAUCAAUGAAAGGAAUAUAGCGCCCACUCUGGAGGGUGUGCUGCCCAAUUGCCAGAUCAAGUGCGAUGCCGAGCCCUGCAAGAACGGCGGCAUUUGCCAGGAGCAUUUCGCCGAGCAGAUGUCCACCUGCGACUGUGAGCACACCAGCUUCCUGGGCGAGUUCUGUUCGGUGGAGAAGGGCGCCGACUUUAGCGGCGAGUCCACGCUGCAGCGCAAAUUCGAGCUGCCCAGCACCGGCAGCGUCAACUAUGUGCGGCUACAGCUGGCCUUCUCCUCGUUCGAUUUGCGGCGCGCCAAUCGCAUCAUGCUGCUGCUGCAGACGGCGGCGGAGCGUAGCUAUUACCUACUGCUGGCCAUCACCUCGGACGGGUAUCUGCAGUUCGAGGAGGAUCGCGAACGUGGCAAAACUGUCGGCGCACGGAUCGAUCGCAAUUUCCUCAACAGCGCCCGCCACUCGGUCUACUACGAGCGCAAUGGCACCCAGGCCCAGCUCUACAUCGAUCGCGAACAGGUGACCCUAACGGACUUUGCCGCACGCGUCCUUACCACCACCGUUGACGAGGGCGCCAAUCGUGCCCAGAUCGGCGGCAUCAAUACGACCGAUUCGCGUUUUGCGGUCUUUAAAAGCUACAGCGGUUGCCUGUCAAACAUCUAUAUACAGGUGAAUGGGCACAUUAUGAAGCCACUCGAGGAAUAUAUGCUGUUCACCAAGUCCGGCGCGGACAACAUAACGGUCAUAAAUCCGCAGGGCCUGCGCAGCGCCCAAUGCAAUGCCAAAUUCGAUGUGACCGAACAGCCCACCCAGGAGCCGAUGGUCAAUGUGAGCAUGAUACCGGAGCCAUGGGUCGAGGAGCCGCCGCAACGUGUGCCCUACAUAUCGAAAUUCGUUUAUGAUGUGGACAAGAAGGAGGACUCCACCCAGGUGCUGUUCAUUACGCUAACCAGCGUAUUUGUCAUCAUUGUCGUGUGCUGCCUGCUCGAGGUAUAUCGCAGCCAUUUGGCCUACAAGAAGCGCAUCGAGCGCGAAACGGACGAGGACAUCAUUUGGUCCAAGGAGCAGGCAACCAAAAUGCACGAAUCGCCAGGUGUAAAGCCCACAGGCGCUGCGGGCAUAAAAGCAGGCAACACACUGCCGCCAUAUAGCUACAAGCCGCUGCCGCAGGAGGACAAGAAGCCAGGCAACGGUGCGCCCUUGGUAGGCAUUCUCAAGAAUGGCAAUGUGACGCCGACUCCCUCGGCGCCCGCCACGCCCACAGCGGCAACAAAGAACGGCGACAUUGCGACGCGCAUCGAAGAGGAGGAGGAGGAAGACGAAGAGGAGCCAAAAGAGCAGCAGCAACAGGAUGCACAGCAGCAGCAGCUGGAGGAAGAGCCGCUGCAGCAGCUGCUUAACCUUGCGGCAACGGAUGUGGCUGCCACAAAUGAGCCGCCAACAUUGCUGAAUGGUCAGCCGAAUGCCAUAGAAACCCAACCAGCAGCAACAACAACAACGACAACAACAACAACGACAACAACAACACCGACAACAGCAACAACGACGACAACGACGCUACCGCAGCAGAAACAUGAAAAUCAAAGGCAACAGCAGCAGCUGCUGCAACAACUGCCGCAGCAGCAGCAGCAGAGACAACCGCUACAAAGAGCGGCAACACUUCAACAGCCGAGCACAAAGCGACGCAAAGGGACGUCGUCUGGGGCGCCAACUGUGCGACGACAAGUAUCAUGGGGUCCGCCAAUCGUAGCGGAAACGGAUGUCGAUUUGGCCGCUGCCACAAGCGGGGGCAGCAACAGCAGCAGCAGCAGCAGCCAGGGGGCCGCCAAGGAGGCCGCCCGCAAGACGGCCAAACAGAAUGGCUACCAUGGCGUCAAUAGACGAGCGACAACAACGCGCAAUUGACAACAGCAGCAGCAGCAGCAGGAAGAAGCGAAACGAGAAGCAAAGUGAAAAAGAUGCAAAAACAAAGAGAUAUAUAUAUAUAUAAAAGCAUAAAUAUUUAGGCAACACAACAAGUCGAAAACAAAGCAAACACAAAUAGGAACAAGCGCAAUUUAUGUGGAUUAAAGACGCAGCUCAAGAGUCAAGAAAAAACAAAAAAACAAAUGCACAUUAAAUAUAAAAUACAACGGAUACUUAUGUAUAUUUAAAGCAAAUAUUUACUCCACAAGAGGAAGAAGCUUUCCGAGAAACCAUCAAAAUUUCACUAAAGAGAUAUUUUUGGGAAAAAUACUCUAGAUUUUUAGCUAAGCUUUAAUAAUUGCAGAUAU